AUGAAUAAUUUGUUAGGUUUAUUCAGAUGAUAAACUUACCGAACAUUGUAUGCUAUAAAUCUUGAGAAUCGAUUAGUUCAGUGUUUUUAAAAAAUCAUAAAUACUCGAACAUUUCUUCGAUUUCACUUUUUUUCAAAAAUCUUAUUUAAGGUCACGCGGAAAAAUUGAAUGAUUUAUUUUAGCAUUUCGAGUAGCAGCUGAGCGAAGUCGUCUUCCUUAUGAUCGACCAACAGAUGUCGAAUAUGCAUUUUUUCCCGAAAUUCGAACUUCUCGACAUGCGAAUACUGUAUUUUUAUUAAUUCGAAAUACUGCUCUCAAAUUAUGGCUAUCCAAUCCAUUAUAUGAACUCGAAAUUCCAGAACUCAGACGAGAACUUGCACCGCCUUUUAAUUGUAAGUCUCAAUUGAAAGAUUAUCCUAUUUUUAAUGAAAUCAUACAAUUUAAAUUUAUAGCUGAUUCCCAAUUGAUUGAAAAUGUGCAUAAUUAUUUAUCUCGAUAUGGUUUAAUCAAUGUUGGAAUAUUUAAACGAAGCACCGGAAUUCCGCGGAAUAUUCCAGAAUCUGUUAAAUCUGUUGUUGUUAUUGGAGCUGGAGUAGCUGGAAUUUCAGCAGCACUUCAAUUGACUUCUUUUGGAUUUGAUGUUACGAUUAUUGAAGGACGGGUUAGUCUAAAAAUAGGAAGCAUUAUAUUUUUAAACAUUCAUUCAGGAAGAAAUUGGUGGACGGGUUCGAAGUAUUCAUGUUGGAAAUCAAAUAAUGGAAAUUGGAGCAGAUACAUUCAGAAGUUCUAGUAAGGUUUUAAAAAAUAUAGAAAAUUUAAUUUUUAUAACCUGAUGAGGAUAUUCUGAAGAAACUCUUUAUGAAUCAAAAGCAAACUUUUUUCUAAGUUCAUCAAAUAGUAUCAAUAUUUAUGAAUCUGAUUAAAAAAUGAUAUUAGAGAAUAAUUUUGAACUGAAUUUUUUAAUUGGGUUGAGUUCAAUAUAUAAUUAUUCUUAAAAAAAUAUUAUCAUUUUUUCGGUUCUAUCCAACAUUUUCCAAGAACAAAAACUAUAGUUUUAGGAUCAAACGCAAUGACAGUUUUGAUUCAACAAUUACAAGUCACACCAAUAUCAGUUGAUGAAAAAACUCCAAUGUAUGCUGAUGGGAAAUUUGUCGAUGUAUUACGAGAUAAAAUGAUCAAUGCAACCUAUACGUAUGUUUCUAAUUCUAUAUUCUUGUUUUAUUUCCCAAUUUGAAUAUUUUAGAGCUUGUCGUGAUUCGAUUGAUGUUUUGACUCACAACGCUGAACAACGACAAGAAAAUGGAUUGUAUAUUUCGAGACAAAGAGGAUUUGAAAAUGUUUUGAAGUAAGUUACGAAUAAAAAAGUCUCUGAUUAAUUUUUACAAAUAUUUACUAUUUUCAGCUUGAUUGAACGUGAAUCAAUCAUAAAAUAUUAUAAUUUUUGGAAAAUUUUAAAUGACAUCACGGAGAAAAGAGAAAAUCAUUAUCAAACAGUUAGUUUUUUCUAAACAUUUGAAACCUUUUGAACAUACUAUAUAUUUCCAGCUCAAAAUGUGUCGUGAAAUUAUAAAUAUGAAUGAGAAACGUUUGACUGAAAUUGGUUCAAGUGAUCCGCUUCUUCGUCGAUCAAUUCGUCAUGAUAUUUCAGUGACUCUGAAGAAAUUUGAGGAAAAUUUCGAAAAAAUGGAAGAAUGUGAAGUGGAAAUUCAUAAUGCGAGAAAAGCGCCGUCGUCGAAACAAGCAAUGCAUCCAUCCGAUUUUCGAUAUUUCAAUUUUUAUUUGGGACAUGAGGAAUUUGUUUUUGGUGCUCCGUUGGAACAGGUACAAAUGAGUUGCGAUGCGGUUAAAAGUAAAUUGCCAGGAGCAAGUUUGAGAGGUCAGUUACAUUUAUAUUUUCUAAAAAAAAGUAGAAAAAAUAGUUAUUCAAAACAAUAUUCAUUUUGCAGUGAAAGAAGGAGUUUCUGGACUUCUCGAAAGAUUGGUGGAAUCUCGAAAUAUGGAUGUUCGAUUGAAUCAUCGUGUUCAAAAUAUCAAUUAUGAGGAUAAUGGUGUUGUAAUUCAAGUGAAAAACGGAGAAAAAGACGAAGAAAUUCGAGCAAAUUUCUGUGUUUGCACAUUGCCAAUUGGAGUAUUGA